AUGUUUUUUUCACCACCAGUCAAAUCAAUUGAAAAAAAAUUACUUAAUCAAAUAUCAAAAACUAGAACAAUGUCAGCUUCAAAAUUCAUUAUACCUACAACAUUAAAAGAAAUUAGAUUCCAUUUAUCACAAUCAGGUUCAAAUAGUAUACCAUUAAAAAAAUUCAUCACAAGCAAUUAUUCAUCUUUAAAACAACAAACAAAUUAUAAAAUUCCAAUUUUAAUUAGAGAAUCAUUUGGUAUUUCUCCUAGUUUAACUUUUAGAUUUGAAAAAGGUAAAGAAAUUAAAAAGGGAUUGGAUGGAUUAGAUGAAGGUCAAAUUGAAAAUACAUUUAAAGAAUUAUUGAAAUAG